AGGUUUCCAAACGCUCCGCGGCGCCAUGGGCUGAAAACUAAACCGAGAUGGAAUCUCCCAGUCUGAACCGGUUUGAGCCGGUUCCGAGCCUGUGGCAUUAGGAGGGGGAGACGCGCCGCGCUCAGUCCCUGCUACCACCACCGCUGCCUCCGCCGCUGUGCGUGUGACCUGCUCGUAGGGGGGGAGCCGCCGGCGCAGCUGAGGGGGGGGGACAAAGUUUAGUGCGAGCCCGGGGGGGGGUGGGCAUGGGGCUGAACUGAGCUCCCGCCGGGCCUCGGGGAAAGGCGGCAGCCGCAGCGGCACCGACAGACCCGGCCCGGGCCUGGGCAGCCAGCGACGCGGGAGACAGCGCCAGGGCCCCGCCGGGCCAGCCAGGGCCGCCGGGAAGGUAGAAGUUCCCUCCGCCCUACCAGCGGCCUCGGGAGGCCGACCCCCCCCCCCCCUUCCUUUCCCUUCCCUCCUCCCUCUCCCCGAGCGAGAGAAGGGGAGCGCGGCCCGUCUCUCGGGAGCGCGGGCGGCCGAGCGCCUGGGCUGAGGGGAAGGCGCCGAGGGGAGCGCCCGCCCGGGGGCCGCGGGCUUGUGCUGGGCGCUUAGUGCAGUCAGGCCAGGGCACGCUUCUUGCAGGGGUAGUGUGGGGAGGAGUGGCGCUCCUUGUCCAUACCCGGCAGGGAGGAGGAGGAGGAGGGUGCGCUGGUCUUCCCCCCCACACCCCUUGGGUUCUUUUUUGGAAGGGGGGGAGGGAGAGAGAGGGUUAUUUUUAGUGGCCUUUUUUUAUUUUGGAAUUAUUUUUUUGGCGUGUGGUUAGAAACUUCGCUCACCCACCCCUACUUUUUGAAGGAAGAGGCUGUAAGAAACACCUAGUAAUCUAUGCCAGCAAUUAUGACAAUGUUAGCAGACCAUGCAGCUCGCCAGCUGCUGGAUUUUAACCAGAAACUGGAUAUCAAUCUCUUGGACAAUGUGGUGAACUGCUUGUACCAUGGAGAAGGUGCGCAGCAAAGAAUGGCACAGGAAGUCUUGACUCAUUUAAAAGAACAUCCUGAUGCGUGGACAAGAGUUGAUACUAUUUUGGAGUUCUCUCAGAACAUGAAUACCAAAUAUUAUGGACUGCAAAUCUUGGAAAAUGUGAUAAAAACAAGAUGGAAGAUCCUUCCAAGGAACCAGUGUGAAGGUAUUAAAAAAUACGUUGUUGGCCUAAUUAUCAAGACCUCAUCUGAUCCAACAUGUGUAGAAAAAGAGAAAGUGUAUAUUGGGAAAUUGAAUAUGAUUCUUGUUCAGAUACUGAAACAGGAAUGGCCAAAGCACUGGCCAACUUUUAUAAGCGAUAUUGUGGGAGCAAGCAGGACUAGUGAAAGCCUUUGUCAGAACAAUAUGGUGAUCCUUAAGCUAUUGAGUGAAGAAGUGUUUGAUUUUUCCAGUGGCCAGAUUACUCAAGUGAAAGCUAAGCAUUUGAAAGACAGCAUGUGCAAUGAAUUCUCUCAGAUAUUUCAGCUGUGUCAGUUUGUAAUGGAAAACUCCCAAAAUGCUCCUUUAGUUCAAGCAACUUUGGAAACUUUGCUACGAUUUCUGAACUGGAUUCCUCUGGGAUAUAUAUUUGAGACCAAGUUAAUCAGCACACUAAUAUACAAGUUCUUAAAUGUUCCCAUGUUUCGAAAUGUCUCUUUGAAGUGCCUCACAGAGAUUGCAGGUGUCAGUGUAAGCCAGUACGAAGAACAGUUUGUAACACUUUUCACACUGACCAUGAUGCAGUUAAAACAGAUGCUUCCUUUAAAUACCAAUAUCCGACUUGCGUACUCAAACGGAAAAGAUGAUGAACAGAACUUCAUUCAGAAUCUCAGCUUGUUUCUCUGCACGUUCCUCAAAGAACAUGGGCAACUGAUAGAGAAAAGAUUAAAUCUGAGGGAAACAUUAAUGGAGGCUCUUCAUUACAUGUUGUUGGUAUCAGAAGUUGAAGAAACUGAAAUUUUCAAGAUUUGCCUGGAGUAUUGGAAUCAUUUAGCUGCUGAGCUCUACAGGGAAAGCCCGUUCUCAACAUCCGCUUCUCCAUUGCUUUCGGGAAGUCAACACUUCGAUGUUCCUCCAAGGAGACAGCUUUAUUUGCCUGUAUUGUCCAAGGUUCGAUUGCUGAUGGUCAGCCGCAUGGCUAAGCCUGAAGAAGUCCUCGUUGUGGAAAAUGAUCAAGGGGAAGUAGUACGAGAAUUCAUGAAGGAUACAGAUUCCAUAAACUUGUAUAAAAAUAUGAGAGAAACAUUGGUUUACCUUACACAUCUGGAUUAUGCAGACACGGAACGAAUUAUGACUGAAAAACUUCACAAUCAAGUGAAUGGAACAGAAUGGUCAUGGAAGAAUUUGAAUACCCUCUGUUGGGCUAUAGGCUCCAUCAGUGGUGCAAUGCAUGAAGAAGAUGAGAAAAGAUUCCUUGUUACAGUAAUUAAGGAUCUCCUGGGACUCUGUGAACAAAAGCGAGGAAAAGACAACAAAGCCAUUAUUGCAUCCAAUAUAAUGUACAUAGUAGGUCAGUACCCGCGGUUUCUGAGAGCUCACUGGAAGUUUCUGAAGACAGUAGUCAACAAGCUGUUUGAGUUCAUGCAUGAAACCCACGAUGGUGUCCAGGACAUGGCGUGUGAUACCUUCAUAAAGAUAGCACAGAAAUGCCGCCGGCACUUUGUUCAGGUUCAAGUGGGAGAGGUCAUGCCAUUUAUUGAUGAAAUCUUGAACAACAUUAAUACAAUCAUCUGUGACCUUCAGCCACAGCAGGUGCAUACAUUUUAUGAAGCAGUAGGAUACAUGAUUGGGGCACAGACAGACCAGACUGUGCAGGAGCAUCUGAUAGAAAAAUACAUGUUGCUGCCUAAUCAAGUAUGGGACAGCAUAAUUCAACAGGCAACAAAAAAUGUUGAUAUUCUAAAGGAUCCUGAAACAGUGAAGCAGCUCGGUAGCAUCCUGAAAACCAACGUCAGAGCGUGUAAAGCAGUUGGCCACCCCUUUGUGAUUCAGCUUGGAAGAAUUUAUUUAGAUAUGCUGAAUGUGUACAAGUGCCUAAGUGAAAAUAUUUCUGCAGCUAUUCAGGCGAAUGGUGAAAUGGUAACAAAGCAGCCCUUGAUUAGAAGUAUGAGGACUGUAAAAAGGGAAACUUUAAAACUCAUUUCUGGCUGGGUGAGCAGGUCCAAUGAUCCUCAGAUGGUAGCUGAAAACUUUGUUCCUCCCUUGUUGGAUGCAGUUCUCAUUGACUACCAGAGAAAUGUUCCAGCUGCUAGAGAACCUGAAGUACUCAGUACUAUGGCUAUCAUUGUCAACAAGCUGGGUGGACACAUUACUGCUGAAAUACCUCAGAUAUUUGAUGCUGUUUUUGAGUGCACAUUAAAUAUGAUCAACAAGGACUUUGAAGAGUAUCCUGAACAUAGAACAAACUUCUUCCUGCUACUCCAGGCUGUAAAUUCUCAUUGCUUCCCAGCGUUCCUGGCCAUUCCACCUGCACAGUUCAAACUCGUUCUGGAUUCUAUCAUUUGGGCUUUCAAACAUACAAUGAGAAAUGUUGCAGAUACAGGACUUCAGAUACUUUAUACUCUACUACAGAACGUUGCACAAGAGGAGACAGCUGCCCAGAGUUUCUAUCAGACGUACUUCUGUGAUAUCCUUCAGCACAUUUUCUCAGUUGUAACAGACACCUCGCACACUGCUGGUUUGACAAUGCAUGCAUCAAUCCUUGCAUACAUGUUCAACUUAGUAGAAGAGGGAAAGAUAAGUACUCCAUUAAACCCUGGGAAUCCAGUGAACAACCAAAUGUUUAUUCAGGAGUAUGUUGCUAACCUUCUCAAAUCUGCGUUUCCACACCUGCAAGAUGCCCAGGUGAAGCUGUUUGUAACAGGGCUCUUCAGUUUAAACCAGGAUAUUCCUGCAUUCAAGGAGCACCUAAGGGAUUUCCUGGUCCAAAUCAAGGAAUUUGCAGGUGAAGACACAUCAGACUUAUUCUUGGAGGAACGAGAAACAGCCCUUCGGCAGGCUCAAGAGGAGAAGCAUAAACUUCAGAUGUCUGUACCUGGCAUCCUUAAUCCACAUGAAAUUCCUGAGGAGAUGUGCGAUUAAAAACAAAACACACAAUAAAACAAGUUUUGCAGUUUUCUUUCUGUACAGCUACUUUGUUGUGAUAGAAGAAAACAGCACUUGGAUAUUUGUUGACCAAAAUGAUGCCAAUUUGUAAAUUAAAAUGUCACCUAGUGGCCCUUUUUCUUAUGUGUUUUUUGUAUAAGAAAUUUUCUGUGAAAUAUCCUUCCAUUGUUUAAGCUUUUGUUUGGUCAUCUUUCUUUAGAUUUGCAUGAAGUUGAAAAUUAAGGCAUUUUCAAAGUAAUUACUUCAUGCCCAUUUUGUGGCUAAGGGGAAAAUAGGCAAAAACAUAACUUGUAAAAGACUCUAUUGCAAAAUCCUACAAUUUUCCUGGAAGAGUAUCGAUUUUUAAUUCGGGAUCAUUUUCUUUCUAGCCUGUCCUGCAGCCUAGGAGGAAAGGGAAUGAGUAAAAACGGAUUGACUUCAUUGUUAAGCAGAGGAUUAUAGCGCUGCGUUUGUUCUGAGCAGUUAGCAGCUUUUUGGACUGAGUGGUAAGGCUAGGCUACAUGUAUUUGCAAGUUGUAUGGCAAGUUUGCAGCAAGAUCAUGUGCAUAUCAUCAUCCCAUUGUAAAGCAACUUGGAAAGAGUAUGGGAACACAGUACAGUUAGUUAUUUUUACACAGUUCUUUUGUUUUUGUGUGUGUGCUGUCGCUUUGUCGACAACAGCUUUUUGUUUUCCUCAAUGAGGAGUGUUGCUCAUUUGUGAGCCUUCAUUAACUCGAAGUGAAAUGGUUAAAAUAUUUAUCCUGUUAGAAUAGGCUGCAUCUUUUUAACAACUCAUAAAAUAAAAAAGAGAAAAAAAAAAAAAACAAAAAACAAAAAAACAAACCUCUGGCUUUUGAGAUGACUUAUACUAAUUUACAUUGUUUACCAUGCUGUAGUGCUUAAAGAACACUACUUAAAAGCAAAAUAAACUUGGUUUACAUUUA